UUCUCUUCUUCUCCUCCCUUUCCCUCUCUUCUCACAGAUGGCGCCUCUCUCUUCUUUCACCCUCCCGAGCCUCUGACCCCUCACCCCACCUCCCUUUUCCCCCCUCCUUCCCUUUAACACAUAGACAAAAGACUCCAUAAAACGACAAUCCCCACCUCCCCGCUCUUCCUCUCUCCAAUCUAUAAUAGCCAGUGUGUCACGCCAUUCCACCCUUUUAAUGGCCUCUAUGAACAACUGGUUAGGCUUCUCUCUCUCACCCCAAGAGCUUCCACAUUCACAGCCUCACCAGUCCCCCACCCUUAUCUCCGGCGACGAGGUCUCCGCUGAUUGCUAUGGUCUCUCCACCGACACCACAUCAGCACCUCCCCUUGGCAUCCCAACCCUAAGGCCUGAUGGCCCUUUUGGCAUCCUGGAAGCCCUCCACCGACCUAACUCUCAGCCCCAAGAUUGGAGCAUGAAGAGUUUGGACUUCAAAGGAAGCUCCUCAGAGCUAUCCAUGCUGGUGGGAUCGAGCAGCAAUCAGAAAAACAUGGAUGAUCACGAACCAAAGCUCGAAGACUUCCUUGGUGGCCACUCCUUUGCUGACCAUGAUCAGAAGCUUCCACCGGGGUGCAGCUCUAUUCCCGGGCCUUACGACAAUUCGGGUGACUACAUGUUCUCCAACUGCUCCCUCCAGCUCCCGGCAGCAGCAGCGAUGGCUUCCAAUGAUGCGAAUAAUGGUGGGUUAGUGAACAACAACGGUGCUGGCGGCAGCGGUAACACCAUUGGGCUCUCGAUGAUCAAGACUUGGCUGCGCAACCAGCCAGCCCCACCACAGCAGCCAGAAGGCAGCAACAACAACAACAACGACUCAGCUGGGACUGGUAACUGCGGUGGUGGCGCAUUGGUGGGAAGUGUUGGGGGGCCGAUGGCAAGUUCGCAGAGCUUGUCACUCUCUAUGAGCACUGGUUCACAGUCGAGCUCCGCGCUGCCACUCUUGGCAGCAGCUGCGAGUGGGGGAGGGGAGAGCUCGUCUUCGGAGAACAAGCACAAGGGUAUUGGGAGUGGUCUUGAUGGGCAGGGUGGUGCAAUAGAAGCAACGCCGAGGAAGUCUAUUGACACGUUUGGACAAAGGACCUCCAUUUACCGGGGUGUGACCAGACACAGAUGGACUGGAAGGUAUGAGGCACAUCUAUGGGAUAACAGUUGCAGAAGAGAAGGUCAAACUCGUAAGGGUAGACAAGUUUAUUUGGGUGGAUAUGACAAAGAAGAAAAGGCUGCUAGGGCUUAUGAUUUGGCUGCUCUCAAGUACUGGGGUACUACUACAACAACCAAUUUUCCCAUUAGUAACUACGAAAAAGAGUUGGAGGAGAUGAAACACAUGACGAGGCAGGAGUAUGUUGCAUCAUUAAGAAGAAAGAGCAGCGGAUUUUCUCGUGGUGCCUCUAUGUAUCGUGGAGUGACUAGGCAUCAUCAACAUGGAAGGUGGCAAGCAAGGAUAGGAAGGGUAGCAGGAAACAAGGAUCUCUACUUGGGCACGUUCAGUACCCAAGAGGAAGCAGCAGAGGCCUAUGACAUUGCUGCGAUUAAAUUCCGAGGCCUGAACGCCGUUACUAACUUCGACAUGAGCCGAUAUGAUGUUAAGAGCAUCCUCGAGAGCAGCACACUCCCGAUAGGCGGGGCUGCCAAGCGACUCAAAGAUGUCUCCGAGCACACAGAAGCAAGUGUGGAUGGGCGCAGGACUGAUGAUGACAACCUCGCCUCCCAACUCACUGAUGGUAUCAGCAGCUAUGGCUCCCAUGUUCACCACCAUGGUUGGCCCCCCAUGGCCUACCAGCAGGCGCAGCCCCUUGCCAUGCACUACCCUUACGGUCAGCAGCGUGGAUGGUGCAAGCAAGAACAAGACAGCGUUAUUGCCAUGCACUUGGCGAGCAACACUCACAACUUCUUCCAGCCAUCUGGGAUCCACAGCCUCAUGAGCAUGGAUUCCUCCCCGAUGGAACACAGUACGGGGUCUAACUCAGUGAUUUACAAUGGAAGCAUGGGUGGGAGUAGCGGAGGCUAUCAAGGUGUUGUUGGGGGGAGUGACGGGUACGUGAUGCCUCUAAGCACAAUGGUGGUGGAUCAAAGCCAGAACAAUCAAGGGAGCAGUAGUUUUGGAGACAAUGAGGGGAAGGCAAUGGGUUAUGAGAACAUGCUGGGCUCCACAGAUCCUUAUGGUAGUAGGAGUGUUUAUUAUCUCUCGCAGCAGUCGUCGGGUGGGGUUGUGAAGGAGAACGGGUAUGAUCAGAGUAGUGGGUGCAACACUUGGAUGCAACCUUCAGUCCAGGCAAUGGCACCUAGGGCAAACAAUGUGGGUGUUUGCCAUGGAGCUCCUCUUUUCACUGUGUGGAAUGAUGCUUAGAUGAUAGGUAAGAAGGGGUGCAGAAUGGUAGGAGGGAUGAACAGUAGGGAUGGUGGUCAUAGAAAGAGAGAAAAAAAAAGGAAACACACAACUUAGCUCCUAAUUUUGAUUUUUUUUUUCCUUGUAUGGUUUUUCCUUUAGGAACUUCAUGAACUCUUCUUCUAACAUAAGGAUUCUGCUGAAGUAUUGGUGAUGGCUCUUGAGAGUUGAUGUGAUCAACACUUCUCACUUGCUGUUGAUUUUGGGGAACUUCAGGUGGAUGAAUCCUUACCAAGGAGCUUUGUAAAUUCAAAUAAUAUUAUGACU